CGGGCGCCUGUGCCAUGCGGACGCGGCCGAGGGACGGUCCCCGCGUCUGAAGUGCCCGCGGGGCAGUGAGCGGCCAGGCGGGCGGCCGGCGAUGACAGCCAUGAAGCAGCAGGAGCAGCAGCCCACCCCGGGGGCCCGAGCCGGCCCCGCGCCGCCCCCGGACCAGGAACUCGGAAGUAACAGCCCUCCACAGAGAAACUGGAAGGGAAUUGCUAUUGCCCUGCUGGUGAUUUUAGUUGUAUGCUCACUCAUCACUAUGUCAGUCAUCCUCUUAACCCCAGAUGAACUCACAAAUUCAUCAGAAACCAAACUAUCAUUAGAAGACCUCUUCAAGAAAGAUUUUUUGCUUCAUGAUCCUGAAUUUCAGUGGAUCAAUGAUACAGAUGUGGUGUAUAAAAGCGAGAAUGGACAUGUCAUUAAACUGAAUAUAGAAACAAAUGCCACCACAUUAUUAUUGGAAAACACAACCUUUGUUAUCUUCAAAGCAUCAAAACAUUCAGUUUCACCGGAUUUAAAAUAUGUUCUUCUGGCAUAUGAUGUCAAACAGAUUUUUCAUUACUCAUAUACUGCUUCCUAUGUGAUUUACAACAUACAUACUGGGGAAGUUUGGGAGCUUAAUCCUCCAGAAGUUGAGGACUCCAUCUUGCAGUACGCAGCUUGGGGAGUACAAGGACAGCAGCUGAUUUAUAUUUUUGAAAAUAAUAUCUACUAUCAACCUGAUAUAAAAAGCAGUUCGUUGCGAUUGACAUCUUCGGGAAAGGAAGGAAUUAUUUUUAAUGGGAUUGCCGACUGGUUAUAUGAAGAGGAAAUUCUGCAUUCUCACAUCGCCCACUGGUGGUCGCCAGAUGGAGAAAGGCUUGCCUUCCUGAUGAUAAAUGAUUCGUUGGUACCAAACAUGGUUGUUCCUCGGUUUACUGGAGCAUUGUAUCCCAAAGGAAAGCAGUAUCCAUACCCUAAGGCAGGUCAAGUGAACCCAACAGUCAAAUUAUAUGUUGUAAAUCUAUAUGGACCAACUCAUACUUUGGAACUUAUGCCACCUGAUAGUUUUAAAUCAAGAGAAUACUAUAUCACUAUGGUCAAAUGGGUGAGCAAUACCAAGACGGUGGUGAGAUGGUUAAACCGACCUCAGAACAUCUCAGUCCUCACUGUCUGUGAGACCACAACAGGUGCUUGUAGUAGAAAAUACGAGAUGACAUCAGAUACAUGGCUCUCAAAGCAGAAUGAAGAACCUGUAUUUUCUAGAGAUGGCAGCAAAUUCUUUAUGACUGUUCCAGUUAAGCAAGGGGGACGUGGAGAAUUUCACCACAUAGCUAUGUUCUUUGUCCAGAGUAAAAGUGAGCAAAUUACUGUGCGGCACCUAACAUCAGGAAAUUGGGAAGUGAUAAAGAUUUUGGCAUAUGAUGAAACUACUCAAAAAAUUUAUUUUCUGAGCACUGAAUCUUCUUCCAGAGGGAGACAGCUAUACAGUGCUUCUACUGAAGGAUUAUUGAAUCGUCAAUGCAUUUCAUGUAACUUCAUGAAAGAAGAAUGUACAUAUUUUGAUGCUAGUUUUAGUCCCAUGAAUCAACAUUUCCUAUUACUCUGUAAAGGUCCAGGGGUUCCUGUCAUCAGUCUACAUAGCACAGAUAAUCCAUCAAAAUAUUUUGUAUUGGAAGGCAAUUCUAUGCUGAAGGAAGCUAUCCAGAAGAAGAAGAUAGUAAAGUCAGAAAUUAAAAUGCUUCAUAUUGAUGACUAUGAACUUCCUUUACAGUUGUCCUUUCCCAAAGAUUUUACGGACCGAAACCAGUAUGCUCUUCUCUUAAUAAUGGAUGAAGAACCAGGAGGACAGCUGGUUACAGAUAAGUUCCACAUAGACUGGGAUUCAGUACUUAUUGACACUGAUAAUGUCAUCAUAGCAAGAUUUGAUGGCAGAGGAAGUGGAUUCCAGGGCCUAAAAAUUUUACAGGAGAUUCAUCGAAGGUUAGGUUCAGUGGAAGUAAAGGACCAAAUAGCAGCUGUAAAAUUUUUAUUAAAGCAACCAUACAUUGACUCUAAGAGAUUAAGCAUUUUUGGAAAGGGAUAUGGUGGAUAUAUUGCUUCAAUGAUCUUAAAAUCAGAUGAGAAGUUAUUUAAAUGUGGAUCUGUGAUAGCUCCUAUCAUAGACUUGAAAUUGUAUGCAUCAGCUUUCUCUGAAAAAUACCUUGGUAUGCCAUCUAAAGAAGAAAGCACUUAUCAGGCAUCAAGUGUGUUACAUAACAUCCAUGGCUUAAAAGAAGAAAACAUAUUAAUAAUUCAUGGUACCGCUGAUGCAAAAGUUCAUUUUCAGCACUCAGCAGAAUUAAUCAAACACCUAAUCAAAGCUGGAGUGAAUUAUACUAUGCAGAUCUACCCAGAUGAAGGCCAUAACAUAUCUGAGAAAAGCAAGUAUCAUCUCUACAGCACAAUCCUCAGAUUCUUCAGUGAUUGUUUAAAAGAAGAAAUACCCGUGUUACCACAGGAGCCAGAAGAAGAUGAAUAACGGACCCUAUUUAUAUAAAACUGAAGGGGAUAUCAAGGCUCAAUGAAACGUAGCCAAGAGACUGUCAUAUUGUAGAUGAUCCAGAAUUUCAAAGGCAGCUUAAGGAGAUGACAUUAGAACAGCACACUCAGAGACAAUGAACUAGAAUUUGAAUACAGAAGUCCGAGUCUACUGUUUUGCUAAGGGUGCAGAACCUGGUUUUUGUGUGUGUGUGUGUGUAAGGAAGGUCAAGGGUUGGUUCCUGGGAGAAAUUAGUUUUGCAUUAAAGUAGCAGUAGUGCAUGUUUUCUUCUGUUAUCCCCCUAUUUGUUCUGUAACAAGUUGCUUCAUUUUAAUUUUGAUGAACACCAUGAUCUUUGCAUAUAAUGCACAACUUAUCAAUACUACAAUCCCUGAUCUUUGAUGGCUGAGCUGCAAUCUAACACUUUACUGUACCUUUACAAUAAGUGCAAUUCCUUCAUUGUUUACUAUUAUGCUUAAGAAAAUAUUAGUUAAUAAAAAUCAGAUUAUUUUAUGUAAUUUCUGUUUAUAAAAAGACAUUAUUAAAUGGGUCAAGGUCAUGUAGAAAUAUGGACUUCAGCACCUUCCAAAGUUCAGCCUGUUAUCGGUAGAUACAAUAGUCUUAAAUCAAUACUCGACUGUAUGUCUCACAGUAUGUAUAGACAUACGUGCGUACAGAGUCAAUCGAUCUAACUUUACCUGUUAUUCAAGCUACAAAGGAUAAACUUUUGAUGAAUUAGAAGAAAUGCGCUUUUGUGCAGGCUGUAAUGGAUGCUUUGUUUAAUGAGCCAAAUAUGAUGAAACAUUAUUUUCCAAUUCAAAUUCUAGCUGUUGCUUUCUUAUAAAUGUUUGGGUUGUGUUGGUAUUGUUUUUAGUGGUUAAUAGUUUUCUAGUUGCAAUUUAAUUUUUUGAAUAUGAAUCUUGUCACAUGUAAAUUAGAUACUUAAAUAUUAAAUUAUAGUUUCUGAUAAAGAAAUUUUGUUAACAAUGCAAUGCCACUGAGUGCUAUUUUGCUCUUUUGGUGAAGAAGGCUUUUUUAAAAACCCUUGUCCUUUUACUUCUAUCUCUAGAUGCAGAAUCAAUUCUCAUUUUCAUUGUAAAAGUGAAGAGCUGCAUUAUUUCACUUGUCAGUCCCUAUUUAGUAUUCCAUACCCACUCAAUUCAUCGGUUACUGUUUAAUUUAAAUCCUUCUGGUGAGAAUUAGAAAUGAAAUAUUUUUUAUUCAUUGGCCGAAAAGGCCACAAACAGCAGUGUUUGCUAUUUAAUUUGAGUCAAAGGCACAAAAUGCAUUAAUUCCUGUGCUGUGCUGACUUGCAGUAGUAAGUAACCGAGAGUGUGAAAUGAUCUUGACUAUAUAAAGUCAAAUUUAAGUAAUGAGAAUAUUAAUGUUGGCGACUAAAGUUAAAGAGUAUCUUCUCACUCUGCCUGAGGGAUAUUCUAAAAAAUGUUUAAAGGUCUGUAACUAGGCUUAGGAACUCAGAUAAAUCUAGGAAGUGUACUAAGAUUUUGUGGUUUGAAAAAAUUUCUUAAGACAGACUGAAUGAUCAAGCCUUCAGAACACCAGGAGGAAAUUUUAAAAUGUCACAGAAUUGCUUAGUAACCCCAUUUUUUUGUGAAAGAAUCAAUCUAAAAAUCUGGGAAUUUGAAAAAAAACAUAAAUCGUUUUUCGAGUAUUCCACUUCUCUUCUGAAUGCUUUGAAAUAUUGUCUUUACUACACUGGAUUCAAUUUAAAAUAGGGAAAGGCUCUCUUUUUUGAAAGACCAAUUUCAGGUCUUUUUCAAGAAUGGCAAACACAUUUUUACAAAAAUGAGUUGUAAUGUUUAAAAGGAAAGUUUGCCUAUUUUAUUAAGAUGGAAAUUUCCUUUUAUUGUGAUUUGAAGUUCAACUGAAGCUUUUUAAUCAACAUUUUAAAUUGCAAAUUCUAGAAUUUUCUAUUAUGCAAUUAAUUAUGUUGUCUUGAAAGAUGUGGUUUUAUUGAAUGUCUAUUUAAGUAACAUUUAAAAAGUAUUUACCUUUUACUGUU